AAUUUACAAUGGUAUCCUUAACUCAUCAAGCUUUAAGUUCUAGACUGACACUGGUGCUCACAUAUUUCUGAAUUUAUUUCAAAUCUUUCAACAAUGUACCUAUAAAAGUGGUUGGGGUGACUUCGCCUCUAAACGCCAAAUGAGGCCUAGAGAGAAAAAUAAAUCGUUGAACAUAAUCUUUUUAAAAGUGUUGUAUUUUGUCUAUUUCUAAAUACUUAUAGUUAGGGUGAACUAGGAAGUACGUAAAAUGCAGUCGAACCAAAAGAGAAUUGCCACUUGCGUGAUUUCUUUCCUUGUCCUCUUUGAACGUGAGUGCAUGGAUCUUGGCUGCGUGAUUUGGUUGGAGGUUGGUUGGUUGUUGGUAUAGUGCCGUAUGCGCCGACUGUGACCGACGGACGGGCGGGUGGAGGAGAAGUGCACGGCAGCCGCGUCACGACCCAACAACAGCAUGCGUCGCCGCCCCGGCGUGUCGACGCCGACGGCGACGCGUCCGGCGCCCGACGUGUCACACGGAGGAACCUACCGAGAGCUUUCCGGCCCGGCCGCUCAAAUUUCUUUCCUUUCCUAUUCGCGCACGUGAGCCCACCGCCGCUCGGCCCGGGCCCACCACGUGUUAGGCGGCCACCACCCGGCGACCUCGUCGUCGUCGUCUCGGACCCGAGCGCGAGACAGCAGCAGCGGGGCGAGGAAAAAGGGCGACCGGCGGACGGAAAAUAUCUCCAGGCCGGCGUUGCGAGAUGUCGUCGGCGAUGUCCCGCGCGAUCCGGGCCUGCGCCGCGUCUGGGGCGUCGAGGAGGGGCCUGGCGUCCGUGGAGGCGAUGGGGGCGGCGGCGAAGGGGCCGCCCGCGGCGGGGCGCUGGGCCGGGCGCGGCCCCGGCGGAAGGGGAAAGGUGGAGGACGGGGCGCGGGUGCAGUGGGUGUUCCUCGGCUGCCCCGGGGUCGGCAAGGGCACCUACGCCGGCCGCCUCUCGCGGCUCCUCGGCGUGCCCCACAUCGCCACCGGCGACCUCGUCCGCCACGAGCUCGCCUCCUCAGGCCCCCUCUCCAAGCAGCUUUCUGAGAUUGUGAAUCAUGGAAAACUGGUGUCGGAUGAGAUCAUCAUAAAUCUGCUGUCAAAGCGCCUUGAGGAGGGAGAAGGAAAGGGUGAAUUGGGGUUCAUACUUGAUGGUUUUCCAAGAACUAUAAGACAAGCGGAAAUACUAGAGGGAGUCACAGAUAUUGAUUUGGUGAUCAAUCUCAAGCUUCGAGAAGAAGCUCUGCUUGCAAAAUGCGUUGGCAGAAGGAAGUGCAGCCAGUGUGGAGGAAACUUCAAUGUAGCCUCCAUUGACAUUGAGGGUGAGAAUGGUGGGCCUCGAAUGUAUAUGCCUCCACUACUACCUCCUCCACAGUGUGAAUCAAAGUUGAUUACCAGAGCAGAUGAUACUGAAGAGGUGGUAAAGGAGCGAUUGCGUGUUUACCAUGAUUUGUGUGAACCAGUGGAGGAUUUCUACAGAGCUCGGGGGAAACUCUUGGAGUUCAAUUUACCUGGAGGAAUCCCCGAAUCAUGGCCGAAGCUGCUCCAAGCUUUGAAUAUAGAAGAUCCUGAUAACAAUAGAUCUGCAACAGCAUAAUGUUGCGAGUGUCAGAAAUGCGUAUUAUGUAUUAGUAGCCUAUAUGCCAAACGUAGUUUACUUGAUAAGCAUUCCUGGCAUCUCUAGGAAGUAGUUCAUUCAGGGCCAUUAUUUGAUCUGGCACUCAAGAUUUGUAUAGCUGAUUGAUCAUCGAUUGCGCAAGUUCGAUGGGGUGUGCUAGUUGUAUUCUUAAAGGUAUAGCCUCUUAUGUAUCAAAGGGCAGAUGAUAAAUAACCGACAGUUGGCGGUUGGAGUCUGCUGAUAAAGGUUCUUGAAACAAGCAUGCUGCAAAUAUCCUUUUGAAAACAUUAUGCAGGCAGAUAAAUAUUCUUGUGGUA